GUCCCCCCGCAGCCGCAGCCGCAGCCGCUGCGUUGCGCGCGGCGCGGCGCGGCCACACCUGCGCCAAACCGGGAGAGUCCGUCCGCUGGAGAGAGAGAGAGAGAGAGACACACACACUCGAGACGCGACACCGACUGGCUGCAGCUCCCGUCGCACUGCUCCGAUACGGGGGGAAGGAUCAAGGUAUGAAGGCGAGCGGCGCCCGGAGGUGCUGAGACCUCGCCGUUGUUUUACGCACCGAUUGGGAAUUUGACGACGAGGGCACGGAGAGGCGCACGGCGCAGGGACCGGGGUCUGAACCGAGCGCGCACAGGGUUCGCUUGUGAGCCCUGACAGGGCGAAGACAGUGGCACUGAUUGGGCCUUUGUCUCCUCACAGUUUCCGGACGGUGCGAGGCUGCCUGGGCGCCUCAGCGGCCCUUUGUGUCUGCAGAGAAGAAAGAAAGACGCAGCUUGUCGAUUCAGCAUCUAUCCUCUUUGCUAGCCACAUUAGCAUCCCUAAGAACAGCAGUGAAGGCUCAGCACUAUCCCUAUACCCCUCCAAGCCUUCCCUCCAUCCUCCAACCCCCGCAUCCCUACCCCACUCUCUCAGCCCCUUUCCCAUCUCCCCAGCCUCAGCCUCUAACCCAUUCAGAGUCCCAGAUGACAGCUCGGAAACAUCCGUUACCCUCCCGCACCACACAAGCCUUCUUUCCUCUCCCUCCAGUCCCCGUGGCGCUUGGCACCAAUGCCCAUCACAGAGACAGAUGGAGCCAACCCUGACCCCUCUCCUUGGCUGUGGGGACGCAAAGAGAACCACCGCUCACUAGAGGAGAGGGGGUGAGCGGGGGGCAGACGGGAAGGAGAGAAGAGGAGAGUAUUGCUUUGUCACCACAGCAACAACAUCACCCAUGGACUCCCCGUCAGCCGAAGCGAAGGCCCCGGGAUGAAAAAUAAAACACACAGUGCAGGAAUAUCAGCAUCAGGACCAGAAGGGCCCUAAUUUAUUUUUCACAGUUUUUGCGCCGGACAUAUUUUUUGCUUUGAUUAUUUGGCAGAGAUAUCUCCAUCCAGCCUUGUGUGGACAGAAGAUGCGAACACUGACACAAAAUCUCAAUACAGGAAACAGGAUUUGAAAGAAACAGGAUGCCACAAGAACGAGGAUCUAAAGGAAAAAACUGCUCCACAUUCUGAAGUGUUCCUCGAGUUUUUCCUGAACACCACAAAAGUUGCAACUCUAAGCCCGACGCUUCCUCAGUGAUCUAAAUGAAUUGAACUAAUAAAAGCUGCAACCGCCGUCCGAAUUGUUGACAUUUUUACCGCGCAGUAACAGUCAGCAAGCGGCUGUUUUUUCAUUCUGCUUUCGACACCUGAAUGAAAGCAGAAAACGCUUUUCACUGAAGAAGGAAAUGUAUGUGGGACAGUGUGCAUCUACAGUAUACAUUCAUCCGAGCUGCAACAUCUUCAUUGAGCCUCUGCUAACGGAUCAAACGUCCACUUGGCGUCAGGGAGCUUUCAGAGCCCCUGCAACGUAAGAUUUUUAUGUGUUCUUUGUCAAGAUUUCCACCCUUCGCUGCUGACCGGCAUUCUGAUUAGCACCCAGUGCCAGGCAGACAAUUUUGAAGGAACCACGCAUCAACAAUAAAAUGAGACACUAAUGGCUGGUGAAAUGAAUUCAGAGGGCCAACAUAACAGAGGGGGGAAUACCGGAGUCCCAAAGCUUCCCAGUCAGGAUCCUGUGGAAUGAGGACUCAGAGGGUUUUGCCAGUGAUCUGAUUUGUCAGUGGUUUGACUGGGGACUGGCUUUGAUCCUUGAACCUCGAACUUCACCUGCCCCAACGCAGGCUUAAACCUGAAGCUACCUCGAUAACCGCAGAUCCUGCUUCGUAGUACCUGGCCUGCGGUACAUAAUGAGCCUUUACCUGAUAUGUUGUCAAACAUGUAUCAUAGCAACAGUACAGUAUGGACAAUGUACACACACGCAUACAUAGGAUGACUGCUGCCACUCUGCAAAACGCAAACUGGAAAAAUUCUGUGGAUGUUUGGAUUCUGUCGAAGGCUGCUGCUCAUUAGCAUUUUCACUCACGAGGGAGCAAGAGCCCUGAACUGACUUGUUAUCCACCGUGGAACCUCGGUGUGGCGAUAAAACUGUUAAUUUCCUCUGUAAACUUGCCACCAACUGCGGCCCCAUUUCAUAUUCUCUGGAUUACAUGAGGAGCAGCUCCACUUAAACGUCUUGAAUCUGAAAUAAGGUUGCCAGCGAUUAUUACCUGGAUUACGUGGUGGUGGCUUCCCUAUACAGCAGGCUGGGAGUGGCAUUAGGAUGCCUGAACUGCAUAACUUUCCCCCCCUGAGGGGCCCCAGAGGCCCUGAGCUGAGCUUGAAUGAACCAGCGGACCCGGCGCAAAUUCAGCACAGCAUCCUGGAGGAGCAGGUGGAGCUGUGGUGGUUCCGGGACCCCGGGAAGUCCCUGCUCUGCUACUGUGUGGCUGUGCUUCUGAUCCUGGGCUGCGGGCUGGGCGGCGUUGGGCUUCUCUCCACCACCACCAGCGUCUCGAGCGAAUGGCGGCUGGGCGUGGGGACAACGCUCUGCCUGCUCGCCCUGGGAGUCCUGCUCAAGCAGCUGCUCAGCUCGGCCGUGCAGGACAUGAACUGCGUCCGAAGCCGCCACCGGAUUGACAUGCUCAAAAGCGGCGGUUUGUCAGACCUGCUCGUGGUUCUGAUUACCGGGCUGUCGCUGUUGAUCUGCGGCGGGGUUCUGCUACGCCUGGCCCUGGCCAACCACAUGCCGAAGCCUGGCCAGGCCCUUAACGACAUGUACAUCUCUGGAGUGGUUUUGCUGGCAGGAGGGGGGGCCGCAGUCGCGGGUGUCGGGAUAUACUCUUUUGUGGUGAUCCUGCUUGAGAGGACAAGGCACGGACGAAGGCUGGUGGACCAGGUUUUGAACAUCUUCACUGUUUCGGGGCGCAUGGAGCGUCAGGGUCGCAGAGAGACGACCUCCAGUCUGGCUAACCUCAUAUGAGAUCAUAAACUCAAGCUUAGACUGUGUAUUUUGGCCCCCUUGAUUUUUAAUAUCAGAACAUUAAGCCUCCGCUAAAUGAGCCCACACAUUAGAAGAAUGAUGAUUAAAACACUCCUUACAUACUUCAGCUGUGUCACCGGCUGAGUAAUGUAAAUUAGUUUAAUGUGUAAUAUCUGCUUGGUGGAGAUGUUUUUAAUUAAUAAGCACUCAGCUUGGAGCUAUAGAGUAAAACUGAAAAGACUGAAGAGUAACACACUGAAUUGAUUACUACGUGGCAAUGCUCACAGUGCAGCUGUGGGUGUCCCAAUGCAAGGGGGUAGCAUGUAUUUUACAUGUGGGAGAUUUUUGAAAGUUGAACUAUAUAUACGUAUAUAAAGUAAAUCAUAAACCAUCUAUAUGAGACUGGAUGGCAAAAGAUUGGUGCAUGUAGCAGUGUCAGUGUGUACAGUUAAGUUCGGCAGUAUGGAAUUUAAAAAAGGAGCUGGGAUGUGAGCAUAGCAUACGAUGGUCAAAUUUUUUAUUUUAAAUAAAUCUGACAAAUGAUGUUGAAUGUUGUAUAAAGAGAACGUUGGAAGAAACGCAAGAGACAGAAACCUGUUAUGUGAAAGUUUGAUAUGAGAUUGUGGUUAAAGGGGCCAUUUACAAAUCGGUGUCUAUAAUGUGUCUAUUCUUAACAUGUAUCCUGUUAAAGUGCUCAUGCACCACACAUCUGACCUACAGUACCUACUCUGAUGAUCGAUGAUUGUAAGUUACCACGAACAAGAGGACCAGCUGAAUGGCUCCAAUGUAAAUAGUCAUUUGUGGUACAUGGGAAAAGGUAAACAUUAAAAAAAGUAUACUUUUAAAAUUGUUCUCAUUUCAUUCACCACCCUCACAUGUUCACAUGGUGUUAUGGAAAUAUGCAGCUGAUGAAUUUGACUGUGGGUAAAACUAAGAAUGGUCCAAAUUCCAUUUAAUUAAAAUGAUCUCAUUCCUUUCCUCAGUUUAAUAAUAUUUUAUAAUAAUUCGUGCAGUGUGACUAUGGUGUUUGUGACGGACAAACUAUCAAAACUUUAAUGUAAACACACGAAAAAGACAACACAAUUGUUUGAGAAUUAUGUCCGAGCACUUUAGACUGUAUGGACAAUAUGUGUUUUUGUGCAUCAACACAUAGUAUUGUCAUGGCUGUGACUCCUGUUUUCCUUUAACCUGCUUCUUUUAUAUAUAUUUUAUUAUAUUAUAUUAUAUUUUCUUUAUGUUACACUGAAUCGAUUGUUUGUGUGUAAUGUAAAAAUGGCCGCUCACGGUGCGGAUGUCAGAGAGAUACAACAGCCCUACAGAUUGGGUUGUUUUGCUUUUUUAGCACUUUAGCUCAUUGUUUUUAUUUUGACUUUCAACCUCAUUGUCCUCAUCAAUCUCUGUAGGCAGCGGUGUCAUGCAAUAAAGCUCAAAUAAACCAACUGACAACUGA